UGCACACAAAGACGAGUCUUUUCUGCAAAGGUGCGCUGGCUUCCAAUCUAAACUGUUCCAAAGUGCAACCAUAAACAGCCGGUAUGAUACUCAGGGACGAAAUCAUUUUAUCAGCCAAUGCCAAUCGUGCUCAGCCAGGAAAGAUUUUAGCAGACACUCCAAUUCAACAUCCUGUUCAAGUGAGCGCUUGACGUCUUAAUACGCGGAGGUUGUGUGGAGAGCAUUAUUUCUUUUGAGAUGAAUUCCACGUCGGAGAGCAAGGCCACUGUCGAUGGCGAGGUCGCGAAGACCGACAAAGCAAUGGAAGUAACAUCUGAACCCGAAUCACCGAUUAUGUACAAAAUCAGUGACUCGCCGCCGCUGUAUCUCACGAUAUUUUUCGCGGUUCAGCAAAGCCUCAUUCCGAUCGCCGCCUCCAUCAUCCUUCCGCUUCUGGUGGCGGAAGCGGCGUGCGCCCUCGAGGACGGCGACUUCAUCCGUAAGUUAGUCUCUUCCACCCUGUUCCUGUCUGGGCUAACAACGCUGCUGCAGGUCCUUGUAGGGGUCCGACUUCCGGUGUAUCAGGGACCUUCCGGUUCUUAUGCUGUCCCAAUUAUAGCCUUGAACAAAAUGGACCCCUCGAGGUGUGACGUUUAUAGCUUCCAUGGUUUGAAUUCGAGUAGUGAGCUGAAUGUAUCGAAAGUUGAACUUCAAGCCAAUCUGGUAGAUAUCAGAGUUAGAGAGAUGAUGGGACCGCUGAUACUCGCAGGUUUCCUUCACUUCCUGAUCGGAGCCACAGGCCUGGUGGGGCUGCUACUCAGGUUCAUCGGUCCGGUGACUAUCGUCCCCACCAUUCUGCUCAUUGGCCUGUACAUCGUAAAGCCCGCCAUGACCUACACGGGGGCGCACUGGGGCAUAACGGCGCUAGUUUGGGUCAUCGGGCUGGUUUUGUCGAUGUACCUGGGCCGCUACCCCAUGCCGAUACCCGUCUGGACCCGGAAGCGCGGCUGGAGGAUCAUCCGGUACCCGUUGCACCAAGUGUUCGCUCUACUUAUCUCUAUGUUGAUUGGUUGGGCGGUUUGCGGAAUCAUGACGUAUGCGGGGGCAUUUCCAACCGACCCAAAGAACGUCAUGUACAAAGCACGCACGGACGCACGUGCAGAAGUCAUUAGAGACAGCGGUUGGUUUUACUUUCCACACCCAGGUCAGUUCGGCUCCCCGCUGUUUAGUCUCAGCGCAGUCGUCGGUUUCACUAUAGCGACGGUGACGUCUAUCCUGGACUCCAUAGGCGACUACUACGCAACAGCCGCCAUAUGCCGCGUCCCUCCGCCUCCAGCACCCGCCGUCAACAGGGGCAUCGCAGUCGAGGGACUCUGCAGUCUGAUCUCGGGAACUUUUGGCGUGGGUCAUGCCACCACUACGUUCGGCGGCAAUAUUGGCGCUAUUGGCAUGACACGGGUUGCAAGUCGAAACGUGUUCGUGACAAUGAGUCUGAUUUACAUCUGCCUUGGGUUUCUUGCAAAAGUGUCCGCCGUCUUUAUAAGUAUCCCAUACCCAGUUAUCGGCGGAUCGAUCCUUAUCAGCAUCGGGGUGUUUGUCGGUGUGAAUUUAUCCAACCUGAGCGUCAUUGACCUGUCGUCGAGCCGAAACCUGUCCAUCAUGGGCAUGGCAAUAUUUGUAGGCCUUCUGGUCCCCACUUGGGUGGAGAAAAACGCAAGCGCCAUUGAUACAGGUAAUUCAGAUCUAAACGAAGUUAUUUCGAUGUUGCUUGGCAAUCCAAAUUUCUUCGGCGGUUUCCUGGCUUGUUUCCUUGACAACACUGUUCCGGGCACUAAGAAAGAGCGCGGUAUUAUUGCGUGGACAAAUCCAGAACUGCAGAGCAGUACUAUAGAAUUCAUUGAAGGAAAGGAGGUUUAUGAUUUACCUUUACCUCGAUGCGUGCGCAACUGGAAGUUCAUGAACUACGUUCCGAUUUGCCCUCAGUUCCGGUCUCGAGCGGGAAAAGCAGAAGACAUUGAAAUGACAAUUACACCCAAGGAUAUAAAAUAAAUGCUAACUGAUGCAACGUUGCUCCUUAUGCUUGAUGACAGUUAAGUUAAUGUUUUGAAUGGAGAGGGCUCUUGGUGUAUGUUUACCUUUCUCAAAUUUUAAAAUGCUAUCUUGACGUACGACAAUGUCAAAAUCAACUAGAUCUACAUUUGUUUUUACAGUCGGUAUGUUUUUUUUGACGUUUGUAUGUAUGCAGAUGAUAUUGUAAAAAUACUACUUAA